GAUGUAACAAUAUGGCGCUUUCGCGAAAAUUUUAGACUGUGACACUCUUGUAAUCCUUUGGGUUAUUAAAGCUAUAACCUCUAAAUCAUGUUAUUUGUUGAUUUUGUUUUAUGUAUUAUACGUGGAAGUUUACGUGGAUGUCUAGUCUGACAGCCUGAAUUAAAUAAAUUAUUACACACUGCAUUAAAAUGUUGAAAGCAGUGAUAUUAAUCGGUGGUCCACUGAAAGGGACAAGAUUUCGCCCACUUUCACUAGAUAUACCCAAACCGCUAUUUCCAGUGGCUGGGUUACCUAUGAUUCAACACCACAUAGAAGCAUGUGUCAAGAUUCCAAACCUGAAAGAAAUUCUUGUUUUAGGUUACUACCCAGCCUCAGAACUGGCUCAGUUUGUAACAGACAUGGUUAAUGAGUACAAAGUUAAUAUUCGAUAUUUGCAGGAGUUUACUGCGCUGGGAACUGCUGGAGGGCUGUAUCACUUCCGAGAUCAGAUACGCUCUGGAAAUCCUGAGGCAUUUUUUGUCUUGAAUGGAGAUGUCUGUGCAGAUUUUCCAUUAGUUGAAAUGUUAGAUUUCCAUAAAGAAAAGAAAGGCUCAUCAUUGGUAACAAUUAUGACAACAGAAGCGACACGGCAGCAGUCGAUGCACUAUGGCUGCAUUGUCCAGGACCGUGAUACAUCAGAAGUAACACAUUAUGUUGAAAAGCCAUCAACAUUUGUUUCGACACUCAUAAAUUGUGGUGUUUACAUCUGCUCCAUUGAGAUAUUCCAGACAUUUGCUGCAGUGUUCAAUAUGCGUCAACAAGAAUACUACAAUGAUGCUGGUGGUAAUGGAAAUGGGAAGGAAGCUGCAGUAAUCUACCUUGAGACUGAUGUCCUGAUGCCACUAGCUGGAACAGGUUGUGUGUUUGCACUUCAGACCAGCAACUGGUGGUCCCAGCUGAAGACUGCAGGAUCUGCAAUCUAUGCUAACAGACAUUAUCUGGCAUUGUACCACUCUUGGCAUACAGAUCGACUUGCUCGGGGAGAUCUUACGGCCGAGGAAGGAAAGGAAAAGAGUUGUAACAUCAUAGGAGAUGUUUACAUCCAUCCCACCGCCACUGUGCAUAAUACUGCAACACUUGGUCCAAAUGUGAGCAUUGAAGCUGGAGCUGUAAUAGGUCCUGGUGUACGUGUUCGUGAAUCCAUAGUGCUGAGUGGUGCCAUAGUCUCAGACCACAGUCUUGUCUUGCACAGCAUUGUGGGACGUGGAAGUCAUGUUGGACAGUGGGCAAGAGUAGAAGGAACACCUUGUGACCCUAACCCUAACAAACCUUUUGCUAAGAUGGAGAAUCCUUCACUUUUUAACUCUGAUGGAAGACUUAAUCCUUCCAUCACAAUUCUAGGCUGCAAUGUGACAGUGCCCUCUGAAGUGAUUCUGCUAAAUUCCAUUGUUCUUCCACAUAAGGAAUUGACUCGCAGUUUCAAGAAUGAAAUUAUUCUUUAAGUCUUUACAGAGCAUGAAGCGCACAAGGGCAUUACACAAAUUUCUGUACUUGAAUUCACAAACAAUAUGUAUAUACAAGAUUUGUAAAUUAUAUAUGUAAAGAAUCCUGUUUCUAAAAGUAAGUGUAUACACAUAAUGGUUAAAUGCAGUUUUAAUGGAAACAGAA